UUUUUUUCCUUCCUCCCUUCGUUUUAUUGCGAGAACAACGCUUUACAGACUGAAGAAUUGAAUUCGCAUUUUACAGCCGAAAUCUUUCACUAACUUUUCUAAGGUGAUUUGAAACAGCCAUGGCCCGUACCAAGCAGACUGCCCGUAAGUCAACUGGAGGCAAGGCUCCACGUAAGCAGCUGGCCACAAAGGCAGCUCGUAAAAGUGCCCCUUCCACUGGUGGGGUCAAGAAGCCCCAUCGCUACAGGCCCGGUACUGUGGCUCUGCGUGAGAUCCGUCGUUAUCAGAAGUCCACUGAGCUUCUGAUCCGCAAGCUGCCCUUCCAGCGUCUGGUGAGAGAGAUCGCCCAGGACUUCAAGACUGACCUGCGCUUCCAAAGCGCAGCCAUCGGGGCUCUGCAGGAGGCCAGCGAGGCCUACCUGGUGGGCCUGUUUGAGGACACCAACCUGUGCGCCAUCCACGCCAAGCGUGUCACCAUCAUGCCCAAAGACAUCCAGCUGGCCCGUCGUAUCCGUGGAGAGCGUGCUUAAAAUGUUUUUCUUUUUUUUUUCUGAUUUAUGAUAAGCUGUCUUCUGGUUUCUCCUUCUUCUAUAUACUUAGUAGUUUGGUUUGAGGUUCUAGAUACAUAUAAUUAUAUAUAUCAUGAUUGUGAUAACCGUAAAUGUGUGAUUAUGUCUUCUACGGUGCUACUAGUAGCAGAUUUUUCCAUAGCAGUAUCUUCAUGUGUGUUUCAAUGUUUGAAUGAGUCACACUCAUCAGUCCUAAUACGUAAACACACAGUAAUACCGUGUUACCUCGAUUAAUUAGGUGGUUUUAGGGGGGUGGACUGUGUAUGAUCUGAAACAGGCAUAGGGGUCGGUGUUAGGGUUUCAUCCUAAGAACACGCAUAUUGAUAUUAUGAUUUGAGUCUUGGUUUUCUUUCUUUUUAAUGGAAAUUUGUUGUAAAAUGACAGAUUGUUUUUUUUUUUUUUUUUUUUUUUUUACAACAAUGGUGUAUUUCUACUGUUACUGUUCUAUGUAUCAAAUUAGAAAAGUCUGAUUCUGGUUGUCAUUUGGAAACCGCCAUCCCACCACGAUGGCACUGCAUGGUUUGACGGACUACAAGCGGCAUAGAUGUAGCAGACCUGUGUUGAGCAUGUUUUCAUUUACAGCCAUGGUGUUAUGUCCAGGUAAUGUUUUAAUUUCCUCUCUCAGGUUCGUAUAAUAACCUAUGUUUUUCUACUGUGUUUUUGAGUUUGUGUUUUCAGUCAUUUUUAAAGGAAGAAUAUUUGUACUUUUGACUUCACAUUCAGGCAUAAUAAACAGUUUCUUGUGGAUAAAAAGA